AUGUCUUCUUGGGCCAUCGUCGGAGCCACUCGUGGCAUUGGAUUCGAAUAUGUUAAACAACUGUCCCUCGACCCAAAGAAUACCGUGAUUGCAUUGAUUCGAAGCCAGGCAACAGCCGGUCCGCUGAAUGAGCUGGCCGCGACUCGCAAGAAUAUCCGCAUCAUUGAAACUGACCUCUCCAGCCUCACCAGUCUCAAAGAGACUGCAGACAGCAUCAGCAAGGUCACAGCAGGCAAAUUGGAUGUGCUGAUUUACAACGCAUACUCUUCUGGAACCGACGAAGCUAGGCUUCUAACUCCUUCUGCCUUCCAAGGAAAGGAAGACAUCUUUAAGCGAGAAAUCGACGAAUCGUUGAAUGUGAAUCUAUUCCAAGUUGUGCAUACAGUCAAUGCAUUGCUUCCUCUGAUCGAAAACGGCCAGCAAAAGAAGAUAAUCUACAUUUCAUCAGGAAUCGGAGAUAUACCUACCACUCGUGCCAUCGAAAUGCCCAAUUUUCUUGGGUACUCCGUCAGCAAGGCAGCUGGUAAUAUCCUCAUGGCGAAAUAUGCAGUUGAACUCAAGGCUAAGGGCAUUCUUACCCUCGCCCUCAGCCCUGGUUGGGUGGAAACAGAUGCUGGUGAGUGCAUUUCCAGUUCACCCGAAGCCUUCCAGUGGAUGCUUGCCUCGUUCCAGAAAAUGGACCCAAGAGUCAAGGGGAUGAUAUCGACUGAGGAAUCUGUCAAGUCCCAGCUGUCUGUUAUUGACUCGCUUGAUGAGAAGCUCACUGGUGCAUUUAUUUCCCAUCGUGGCAAUGAUAAGGACUGGUUUUAG